GUGAUCAUCUGCAGCCGACUAUGCUGCCGCUGUGGCUGCUGCUGCUGGGGGGCUACCUGAUACUGCAUGCCAAGAUGGCAGCGGGGCUGGAAACCAACAGCACCUUGGAGCUGCUCCGUGAUGUGCACGCCCAGGUGAUGGAGAUGCGCCGGGAGAUGAGGCAGUGCUGCGGGGAGUGGAGCCAGGACGCUGAGCCACCUCUGUACGCCUGCUGCGCGGUGCAGCCGUCGGCCACGCUGGACACCUCGCAGCCGCGCGUCUCCGGGCUUGUGUUGCUGCGACAGAGCUUGCCCUGGCCCGGUGGCCACCUGGAGGCCUUCUUCGACCUGGAGGGCUUCCCUGUGCCCCCCAACAGCUCCACCCGCGCUAUCCAUGUGCACCAGCUUGGGGACGUGAGCAAGGGUUGCGAGGCCGCCCAGGGCCACUACAACCCGCUGGCCGUGCCGCAUCCCCGACACCCUGGGGACUUUGGCAACUUCGUCGUGCGCAACGGCCGCCUCUCUGUGCACCGCCCCCGGCUCCCCGCACAGCUCUCCGGGCCGCACUCCAUCCUGGGCCGCUCCAUGGUGGUCCACGAAGGCGAAGAUGACCUAGGCCGGGGUGGCAACGAGGGCAGCCUCAAGCAUGGCAAUGCGGGGCGCCGGCUGGCCUGUUGCACCAUCACCGUGUGCGGCCGUGAGCUCUGGGCACGUCGGGCCCAGGAACAUGCAGAGCGCCAGCGGUCCAAGGCGCAAAGGAGCCAAUGUAAGAGCCCCUGAGCC